UGAAAAUACAAAGAACCCACAGUAAGGCAGUGUGCGGGUCUAUGUGCACAUGUGUGUAUUUAUGUGUCUAUGUAUCUCCCUCAUUUCUUUGCUGUCUGCAUUUGUCGACUUUUUUUGUGGUUGGCUGUUGUUGAAAUGUUUUCUGUUUUCUCAAUUUCAUGCUGGCAUUUUUUCUCUUUGGAACUACAGAAAAAUAAAAAUCAGAAGGGAAAAUAUUGUAGAAAAAAUAAGUAAAAAUUGUGAUAUUUUUAUACAACAAAUUUUUCACUGCUACUCCUCAAUGCCUUUCGAUCAUUUAGUUCAAUUUCAUUGCCCAAAGGCUCGGCUCGCAAUUUUUUCUUCAUAGCGAUUCGCGAACUAUUUAUUUCUUAGUUUCUGAUUUGGUGAAAAUUUUGAUUAAUUUGAAGUGAUUUUUUUAAGUGAAUAAUAGAUACAUAACUAAUGUGAAAAACAAAUUAUUAAAAACCAAGUGAAAAAUAUUUUAAUAAAGAAUUUUAGAAAAAUUAAUAUAAAACAGAAAAAGUAUAAAAGAUAAGAAAAUUCAGAAAAUUAAAGAUAUGAGUGAAAACCGAUAGUAAAUAUUUAAGACAAGUCGAAAAUUCAAAAGAUAUUAUCAAUAAGAUAAUAAUAAUAUUUGUGAUAUUCUAAUACUAUUUUUUAAAUAUUCAAAAUUGAGAAUCAAAAAGAAAAGAAAGUAAUAAAACCAUUUCGAAUGAAAAUCGAUCACAGACGGAAAGUUCAUAAGAAACAUAUGAAUAAUAUGAUAAUAGGCACGCAAAAUCAUUGUGCCGCCGCAAAUUUAGCAAACUCAAAAGGUGGUGGAACGGAUUUUUCAAUUGCCGCUAUUAUGGCUCGUGGAGGUUCAAGUCGUGAGCCAUCAGAACGAAGUAUAAGUCCAUUGUCGGUCGAUCGCUUUCCAGAAGGUGACGAUGACGUUGAUGUAGAUGUUGAACAAUGCAGCGAUUCAGAGGCACAAUCAAGAUCACGAACACCUCGAACGACGUCUAAUAAUUCCCGCGCAACUCCUCCUAGUCCAUCAGAUGAAGAGCGACUUACACCCGAACCGAGUCAACCAAAAAUCACUGGUUCGUGCAAUUCUGAUGAUCUGCGACCAAUUCAGUGUCAUUUGGAAACAAAGGAAUUAUGGGAUAAGUUUCAUGAUUUGGGAACUGAAAUGAUUAUCACAAAAACUGGCAGGCGAAUGUUUCCAACGGUUAGAGUGUCAUUUUCAGGGCCACUACGUGGUCAAUCUUCCGAUAGGUAUUCUGUGUUAAUAGAUAUAGUGGCUGUCGAUAGUCGUCGUUAUCGUUACGCAUAUCAUCGAUCAUCAUGGCUCGUUGCGGGAAAAGCAGAUCCACCACCACCACCAAGACUUUAUUCACAUCCUGAUACACCUGUUAGCGCUGAUGCUUUAAGAAAACAAGUGAUAUCAUUUGAAAAAGUUAAACUCACAAAUAAUGAAAUGGACAAAAACGGACAGAUUGUACUAAACUCAAUGCAUCGAUAUCAACCGAGAAUUCAUUUGGUGCGUUUAUUACCUGGUCAAAAUAUUCCAACGACACCGAAAGAGCUUGCUGAUUUAGAUCACAAAACAUACGUAUUUCCUGAAACCGUAUUUACCGCUGUAACUGCAUAUCAGAAUCAAUUAAUUACCAAACUGAAAAUUGACUCAAAUCCAUUUGCAAAAGGCUUUAGGGAUUCAUCGAGACUCACUGAUUUCGACAGGGAUCCUAUGGAUGUAUUGCUUAUGGAACAACAUUUACGCUCACCAUUAAGGCUGUUUCCAGAUCCAAUGAUGGCUCAAUUUAUGCCACAAGAUGCUGACAGUGCAGCGUUAUUAGAAAAGGCACGACAGCAUCUUCAAAUGUGGGGACGCUCACCAUAUGCUGAAAUGCUCUUACCACAAAUGUAUGCUCAACGACCAAAUAUAAAUGCAGCAGCUUUAAAUCUUGGAUUGUGGCAAGGCCAAUGGCCAUCACAAUUAACAGCAGCAGCCGGAUUUUUAAAUAAUCAAGCAGCACUUCAACAGGCAGCAGCUGUAGCUCAGCAACAAGCCAGAAGUCCACCACCUCCACCUCAAUCUGCUACACCUAAUAGCUCAGGAUCACCGUCACCAUCAUCACAUGAUAUGCGAUCAAAACAUUAUGCAUCACGUUUUAGUCCUUAUCAAUUACCACCAUCAACACCCUCACAUACGCAAACAACAAGUCAGUCAGUUUCUAUGUCACAAGAUUCCCCAACUGUAACACGAAACUCUCCAAGUAAUUAAAUGAUCAGUAAAUAAUAAAUGCUGUAAAUACUGACAAAUGUAAUUUUGAUAGUUAAACUUUUGGAAAAGAAGUAAAAGAGGCUUAAUGCAGGCAUGGGCAAGAAAAGUUUUUGAAUAGUUUGUUAAUUUAAAUCACCGACAAGAAAUUAUAAUAAUUUUGGAACAAUCUUGAUGAUCAGUUUUAUUUCUGAUUUUAAAAUUUUUGUUUAAUAACUGUUGAUUCUGGAAAAAUUGUACAACUUAAUCCUUACAUAAUAAAUUAUAAUAUGUAUCUGCAUUAAAGUGCUAUAAGCAUAUUUAUUCUAUCAGUAUUGAAUUUUAAUUCCAAG